AUGAGCAGUGCCGUGGUCCUCGCCCACCUCCCAGACCCCAGCAGCAGCUUCAGGGAAGACGCCCCCCGACCCCCUGUCCCGGGGGAGGAAGGAGAAGCACCAUGUCCGCAACUCGCCAGCUCGUUUCUCCCCAAAAGCCAAAGCUUCAAGGCCAUGCCGGUGCCUCCUGCCCCGCGGAGGAAUGAGAACGGACUCGGGGAGCCGGAAGGCAGCGCAUCUCCAGACUCCCCUCUGGCCAGAUGGACCAAAUCCUUGCAUUCCUUGUUGGGAGAUCAAGAUGGUGCCUAUCUUUUUCGGACCUUCUUGGAAAGGGAAAAAUGUGUGGAUACCUUAGACUUCUGGUUUGCCUGCAACGGCUUCAGGCAGAUGGACCUUAAGGAUACCAAAACUUUAAGAGUAGCCAAAGCUAUAUACAAAAGGUACAUCGAGAACAACAGCAUCGUCUCCAAGCAGCUCAAGCCUGCUACCAAGACCUACAUAAAGGAUAGCAUCAAGAAGCAGCAGAUAGAUUCUAUCAUGUUUGAUCAGGCACAGACUGAGAUUCAGACUGUGAUGGAGGAAAAUGCUUACCAGAUGUUUUUAACUUCUGAUAUAUACCUCGAAUAUGUAAGGAGUGGAGGAGAGAAUCCUGCUUACAUGAACAGCAAUGGACUGGGGAGCUUAAAAGUUGUCUGUGGCUAUCUCCCGACCUUGAAUGAAGAAGAGGAAUGGAGCUGUGCAGACUUUAAAAACAGAAUCUUGCCUUCGGUAGUUGGACUAUCCAGCAAGACGUUGAGGGUUACGGCGAAUGUCAGAGCUACGGAAGCGAUCGAGAACGGAUACAGGUCCUUCAAGAGGAACGAUCCCGUUAACCCAUACCAUGUGAAUUCUGGCUAUGUUUUUGCCCCAGCAACCAGUGCAAACGACAGUGAAAUAUCUAGUGAUGCCCUGACGGAUGACUCCAUGUCAAUGACGGACAGCAGCGUAGAUGGGAUCCCCCCGUACAGAAUUGGGAGCAAGAAGCAGCUCCAGCGGGAAAUGCAUCGGAGCGUCAAGGCCAAUGGUCAAGUUUCUCUACCUCAUUUUCCGAGGACCCACCGUCUUCCCAAGGAGAUGACCCCAGUGGAGCCGGCUGCCUUCGCUGCGGAGCUCAUUUCCCGACUGGAGAAGCUGAAGCAGGAGCAGGAAACCAUGGACAGUCUGGAGGAGAGGCUGCAGCAAAUCAAGGAGGAUGAGGAGAAAGAGGGCUCGGAGCUCCCCGCCAGCCUGCAGAGCAGUCGGGAGAUGGUGAACCCCCAGCAUCCGCAGCACCCGCUCUCGCUCCUGCCCUCCGGCAGCUAUGAGGAGGACCCCCAGGCCAUCCUGGAUGAGCAUCUCUCCCGUGUGCUGAAGACCCCCGGCUGCCAGUCACCCGGCAUGGGCCGGCACAGCCCCCGCGCCCGCUCCCCCGACCGCCUGCUGAUGGGCAAGCUGCAGCCUGGCGCAGCCUCGUCGGCAGCGUGUGCCUUGGUGGGUAAGGGAUUCAUCACCAAGCAGACCACCAAGCACGUACACCACCACUACAUCCACCACCACACCGUGCCCAAGACGAAGGAGCAGAUUGAAGCGGAGGCGGCUCAGCGGGUGCAGUGCUGCUGCCCAACAGGCAGCGACUACUUCUGCUACCCCAAGUGCAAGGGCCACCCGAAAAGCACAGACCCCCCUCUGCCUCCGCUGGAGCCCUUUGGGGGGCUAAUGGCGGGCUCCUGUCCCCUUCUCACCAUCAGCAGGACAGGGACGUUGCCGAAGAGGCCGGGCAGAGGAGCGGAGAGCGUCGCCCUGCCGGCCGGGGACGGGGGGCUGCCUGGCCCUGGCGGGGUGCAGCUACCAGGGGGCGAGGCGGACCGGGCGCAGAACGUCUGGCAGUGGAUGCUGGAGAGCGAAAGACAAAAUAAGCACAAGCCCCAUAGCACACAAAGCACAAAGAAGGCCUACAGCUCCGACUUCGCCAAGGGGGCCCCCGGCCGCCACCACCCGUGGGGGACCGGCAGCCACCCGCGUGGGGCGCAGCCCGCCCACGGGGUCCCAAAGCCGCAGAAGCAACGAUGUUCAACCUCAAAUCAGCAGAGGGAUCGAAACCACUCGGCUGCCGUUCAGGGGGGAAACACCCCUUUCUGCAAUGCAAGUCUAACGACAGAAGAUCACAAAGAGCCAAAGAAACUGCCAGUUGUUCACACCUCUCAGUCGAGCGAGUUGGUUGUCACCUAUUUUUUUUGCGGAGAAGAAAUUCCCUACAGGAGGAUGUUAAAGGCCCAGAGCCUGACACUUGGGCACUUUAAAGAACAGCUGAGCAAAAAGGGGAAUUACAGAUACUACUUCAAAAAAGCAAGCGACGAGUUUGACUGCGGUGCGGUGUUUGAAGAGAUUUGGGAAGAUGAAACCAUCCUGCCAAUGUACGAAGGAAGGAUUCUUGGGAAAGUAGAAAGGAUCGAUUGAUGGCAUCUGUGUUUCUUAAGAAAAGUUAAGCUAG